AUGCCUUCCGGUUCAAAUUCUCCUUUUAUUGAGGAAGAAAAUGAUCAACUUGAAAAAGAUUUGAAAAACAAAGUUGGCCUUUUGAAAAAAGUAACAAUUGACAUUGGGCAUGAAGUUAGAGAACAGAACAAGUUACUGAAAGAAAUGGAUGAUGAUUUUGAUAAAUCAACUGGUUUCUUGAAAUCUACUAUGGCCAGAGUGAAGAAGAUAGCAAAAUCAGGACAUUUCUAUAUCUACAUCUAUCUCCUAUUAUUUGCUGCUUUUGUAUUUUUCGUUAUCUGGUUAAUCAUGAAAACUAGAUAA